CCCCCUCUCCCGCCCUGAAUGGGGCGAGAAGCGACGGGGGGAAAGUCUGAGGAAGACGGAGGUUUCACACGGGCGCUGCAGCCGAGCGAAGCGGAGGGGGAGAGCCGGCCAGCGGGACAGAACACGAGGGUCCCCUCCGCUGUGACGAGCUCAACAUGCCUGAAGGAGCACAGAGCGCCAGUGGAAACCAAGUCUGCAACCGAGCCCCCUCCCGGCCCAGCUCGGCCUCCUCCCUGAGCCUGAUGGCGGGGGUGCCGGAGGGCCUGGUGGCGGAGCCCAUCUCGGGCAGCCUGACCUCGAUGAACACGGUGUGCUCGGACAGCGACCGGCCCCUCAGCCUCAGCUCUUCGGCCUCCUCGGCCUCACUGCAGGACAGCCACAGCGCCUUCGGCAGCAGCGGGGCGCUGGUCCCUGGCUCUGCCUACCCCACCCAGCACGGCAGCGACAUCAGCCUGGACCUGACCCCCGUGGGGCAGGGGGAGCCCCCACCCGACCCCCCCUCAGGGGGGGCCGACAAUCCGGCCCCCCACCCUGUCUCCCCAGCCACCGACCGGCCCCCUGAAUCUCCAGCGGCCCCCCAGCGGGAGGAGGCUGUCACCAAGCUCUCGCACGUGGACAGGGUGGUGAGGGAGAUCGUGGAGACAGAGCGGACGUACGUGAGGGACCUGAAGAGCAUCGUGGAGGAUUAUCUGGGAUGCAUCAUUGACUGUGGAGAGUUACCUCUGCAACCAGAUGAAGUGAACACCUUAUUCUGCAACAUUGAGGACAUUUACCAGUUCAACAGUGAGCUGCUGGAGGACCUGGAGAGCUGCAAGGACCCCAUCGGGGUGGCGGAGUGCUUUGUGGAACGGAGUGAAGAGUUUGACAUCUACACCCUGUACUGUAUGAACUACCCCAACUCUGUCUCUGUCCUGCGGGACUGCAUGAAGAACGGGACCCUGGCCAAGUUCUUCCGCGAGCGUCAGGCCACCCUCUCGCACUCGUUGCCCCUGGAAACCUAUCUGCUGAAGCCCGUUCAAAGGAUCCUGAAAUACCACCUCCUGCUGCAGGAGCUGGCCAAGCACUUCGAUAAGAGUGCAGACGGGUACGAGAUGGUGAAGGAGGCCAUCAUCACCAUGACAGCGGUGGCCUGGUACAUCAACGACAUGAAGAGGAAGCAGGAGCAGGCUGUCAGACUGCAGGAGAUCCAGAACUCGCUGCUGAACUGGAAAGGUCCUGACCUGAUUGCGUUCGGAGAGCUGGUGUUGGAAGGAACGUUCAGGGUCCAGAGAGCCAAGAAGGAACGGACGUUGUUUCUGUUUGACAAGAUGCUGCUCAUUACCAAGAAGAGAGCAGAUCAGUACACCUACAGUCUGCAUAUCUUUUGCUGUAACCUGACGUUAUCGGAAAACCUGAAGGAUUCCCUUAGCUUCCGAGUGACCGACCUGACAGUUCCAAGGCAGCAACACACUCUCCAGGCUAAGAACCAAGAGGAGAAAAGGUUGUGGAUACAUUACCUCAAGCGGCUCAUCGUAGAGAAUCACCCAGCCUCCAUCCCACAGAAGGCCAAACAAGUGCUGCUGGAAAACCACUCUCAUUACUCGCUGGUGACUCACUUCAGCCCGGAGCCCCUGAAGAAAGUCUUCUCCUCGCCCCAUCUAGACGAUUCCCGAGGAUGUCCACGAGGACGAAGACAGUCUGAACCUCCAGCAUUCCUUUACACCCCAGAAAGAGCAAAGAAGGUAUUUCCCCUGCUGAACACGGAGAAUCCGUUAUCGUUCCGGCGGGGAAGGAGGCAAUCGGAGCCGAGCAAACAGAUUCAGGCAGCAAUCGAGCAGACAGGAUCAUCACUGAAGUACACAGGUAGCGAGGACGACCUGCUGUCCAACAUGGAGACCCUGAGCUUACUGGGCAGUGCCAGCACCCUGGCGUCCAGCGUUCUGGAGCUGGAGAUGAGUGCAGAAGCUGAGCCUGCAGAGUCGGGGUCACUGGAGACGCCCAGCCCCUGUCAUCUGGCCAGCAACGGGGACUUAGCCGAGCCCAUGGGCCAGAGUGAGGAGAAGGAGCAGCAAGAUCCCAACCAAUAUGAAGAACCAGAAUUCUGUGGUAUUGGAAGCAUUGACCUGGAGAUGGAGCAGAUAUUUGCAGGGAUGGAGUGUUUGCAGAAGAAAGCUUCCGAUGAUCUGCAUGCCAUUGUGGAGGAGAGCCCACUCCUGUGCAGACCCAUGGGCGUGGAUGACAGCCCCCUGGAUGCUUUUGAAGAUACAGAUGUUGAAUGCCCUUCACUGGUGGACGUUUCCUCUGCCAGCAAGGCUGGGGAAAGUGGACCUUGCAGCAGUGAAUCUUCUGAAGACAAUGAUCUCCACAAAGGAAAAAGAAUUCCCUCUUUGCAGAAUUUGGAGGAUUUGGGAGAACUGGAUCAGGAAAACCAUUGCGGCCAGGUGCCAGAGGAUAAGGGUUCCUCUGCCAAUGAUAGAGAUGGGAACAGGGGCAUUGGUAGUAAUGCCCAAAGCUUGUUACUGAGCACCAAAGAUAACUGCACUCAUAGCAGUGAUGGUGAGGUGCAUCCAUCCAGUGGAAAGGACGGUUCUAAUCUCAAUGGCCAUCAGGGUGCAGUGGAAUCUGAGGACAGUGCUGUGGAGAUGGUGCCCACAGUGAGGGUUCCAAGCUCCAGUCCCAGUGAUGGGCCAGAGAAGAACAAAGCGAGCACAAAGGAUUCUUCCCGGAUGGAAGAUGACCGGCUGCUGAUUGAGAAGAUCAAGAACUAUUACGAGGCUGCAGAGAUGUCCAGUGACCAAUACUACCUCCAGCGACGAGAGAGCAUCUCGUUUAUUCCGACGGGUGUGGUGAAGGAUUCCAUUUUACGCUUCAACUACAAGAUGGCUCACGAGCGGAUAGAGGAGUUCCACGACGACAAGGCCAGCAGUGGGGACAACCCCCCUCAGCCGACCACUCUGCCCAGCAACCCCGUUCCCAGCUCGGGGAUGGAAUCCCCGCAGAGCAGCGGCAAGCUUCUCUCCCCUUCAGUCUUCGAGCAGGAGGAACAACGAGGUCCCCACCAAGGCUCGGCGCCCCACAACAGUGACGGCGACCCUGGCGAGGGCAAGUCGGAAACCGAGUUCAAAUCGUGUGCUGAGAUCAUCAAGGUUUGGAGGGAGAUGGAGAAAGCUGCUCACUUCUGGAGCAGCUGCGCGAAGGUGAACAGGAACAAGAAAGCUUCAGGCGAGCGGCAGGAGACGAACGUUGGUGAGCCACUGCUCAUACUCGAGGACUCUGACCUCGACUCCACGGCAGAGAUUCCCAGCGACUCGCCGGCCACCGAGCAGAAACUCCCGGAGAAGGAGCAUGACCCAAAGGACGGUGAGGAGCCUGGGGUCGGGCCUGACAACUGCGCCCCUUGCUGCGACAACCGCCAGCUCCUCUACGAGGGUGUCGAUGGUUACCUCCUCCAGAACUCCGAGAAGAUCAUGAACAAGGUCCAGCUGCUGGCAAAAAUGUACAGCCAACGGAUCAACAGGAAGAAGGCCCCUCUGCAGCGGCGGAUCUGGGAGCUGGGUCCUGAGGCAAGGGCGGAGCUCAAGCAGCGCAGGAGGAGGCCAGUAGCAAACUUGUCCAGAGCCCAGGAGUGCCAGGAGGACCACGCGUACGACUCAGUCCGGGGGUUGGACCCACCGGCUGCCUUCGGACACCUGCUCAUUCGGGACCCGCUCCCCGUCCUGUUCGCCCAGGAGAACAGCGUCCAACCUGCCGCCCUCAGAGUGCAACCCGCGGUCUCCACCCCGCACAGUCCCCGCCCGGGCUCCCCGGCAGAUCCACCGCUGGACCGCACCAGCCCCGCGCCCUCGGGCUCCCUGCUGCCGGCCGAGGGUGCGCGCAGCCCGGAGCGCCCGCUGGAGUUCCCCACCUCCCGCCUGCGCCCGUCCGGCGUAGCGGGUGCCGAGCGCCCGGAUGCCCGGAACGAAGCCCCCGCGGCCGCUCUUGCUUCAGGCCGACCUAGGGCACCCUCGCCCGGCUCGCCUCCAACCCCCAACCUGGUAUCUCCCUGCGCAGCUCGUCCCCCAGGCGAGGCGAGGCUUGGGGUGCCGGCAAGGGCGGCGGGUCCCGCGGAGGAGCCGGUGCCCAAAUCCGGGCUCCCGCUGCUCUGCGCCGCCUCCGACCUGUGCUGCCCGCUGCCCACCUGGGUGAGCCUCCGGGGCAGGUCGCCCUCGCCCUCCGCCAUCAAACAGCUGGAACAGUGGAUGCGGCAGCCAAAGAACACCCAAACUGCCCAGCCCUGCCCGUCGGCGGGCGCUCACGCCCGGGCACCGUCUCCGCCCCAGCCUGUGGAGAACCGCGACUCAACGGCCAAGCCCAGGACGCGCCCGGCUGCCGGCGGGGAGCCACCGCCCUGCCCCUCCAUCCGGCUCCGCUCGCCCUCCCCGUUCCGGGACCAGAACCGGGUGGAGCCGCCUCCACUCACCGCCUGCCAGCGGCCCGGCUUCCUCCAGCUGUGCUCCGCCCCGCCGGGCGAGGGUGACCCGGCGCCCGCGGGCUCCAGAGCCCAUUCCCGAAGGGGCAGAGCCCACCCGGAGAGCGGGGCGGCGCGGCUCACUCCCCCGGGCUGCAACCCCGGCGCUCGGGCGCGCCCGACUUCGGAUCCAGCCGCAGGGAGCUGGGUGCCGGCGGGCGCUCCCUCGCCCGGUGAGAGCCCGGUGCUCUGCCCGCAGCCCAGCCCCUUCCACCCGAUUUCGGAUACAGUUGGGACCCGAGCUGCCCCUGGUCUCGACAUCCACAGCCCCGGGGUAGAACCCCCAGGGACACCUGCUGGGCUCCGCUCCCCCACCUCUCCUCCUGGGCACCCGCUCGGAUCCCCCGUCUCGCCGCCCGUCUGCCGGUGCCCGCGGGUCACGUCGCCGCCCGGCUGCAGACAGAGCGACGGGGCGGCUGUUUCUGAGGUGGCCUUUCAGGGUGCUGUUCCUCCGCCCGAGCCCGGCACCCACCUCCCCUUAUCCGCUGCCUCUCCCACCAGCCCACCUCCCGAGGAACUGGAUCCCUGCAGCCGGUCGCAGCCCCGGCCGGGUAGCGGGGCGCCGGAGCUCGGGGAGACAGAGCGGGCGCGCCGCUCAGCCGGCGGCGGGCGCACCAGUUACUCCACCACGCUCAGCCUCCAGAUCGGCGGCGGCGGCAGACCCGCCACCAUCAGCCGGGCGCAGGUCAGCCUGACCCAGACCUUCCUCCCCGCCGCCGCCCGCAGCCCGCGGAGGGUCACCGGCACCAGUGCCGGCAACUCGCCCGCAACGUGAGCCGGGCGCCGGCCGGGCCCCACCUCGCCUUCCCAGCCGGGGCUCUGCUCAUUGCACUGGCCGCCCCUCCCCUUGGCUCCCGGGGCGGUGGGUGUGCCGCCCGGGAAGUAACACCGGGUCCCCCACCAGCACUCGCAGAGCUGAGCAGCCCAGGGGUCCGGGUGUGGCCAGGAGCUCCCUCCCACCCCCAGGGACUGGGGCAGACGAGUUGGGCCCGGGCGGGGGGAUUCGGGACGAGGCUGCGCAAUGGGAUCAGUCGCCACCCAGUUCAGCAGCAGCGCAGGCGACGGGCUGAAUGGCCGCGUCGGGUUCCACCAGGAGGUGUCGCUGGCGGGCGGUCCGGGCCGAGGGGGAGCAGGCGGAAGACGGCGGGGGUGCCGGAGGUCCCUCCGCCUGGACCGCCGCUCCCCACCCCUGGGACCCCGGCCGCCCGGUGCUUGGGGGCCGAGAUCCGUGGGUCGCCGGACCCACCGGGCUACCUGGGGUCAUUCUCCUUCCCCUUCUCCCCUCCUUCCCCUCCUCCCCCUCCCCUCUCCCCUCCUCCUCCCUCCUCAUACUCCCUUCCCUCCAAUGUGGAGUGAUUAACAGUUUGACCCUCCCCGUGAGUGGACCAGUAGUGCGGGGAGGGGAGCGCGGUCAUUUGUCCAGCCGCCCGGGGAUGGGGGACGU